UUUAGUGCAAUUAUAAUGGUGUUGAGUUUAUGCUUACACUCAAUGAAAAUGGCGGCGAUUUACAGUCUCUACAUCAUCAACAAAUCAGGAGGCCUUAUUUUCUACAAGGAUUAUGGAUCAGCUGGAAGAAUGGACACCAACGAUAGCUUGAGGUUGGCGAGUCUGUGGCAUUCGAUGCACGCCAUUUCUCAGCAACUUUCUCCAAUCUUGGGUUGCGCGGGCAUUGAACUCCUUCAAGCCGAUACCUUUGAUCUCCACUGCUUCCAAUCUCUCACUGGGACAAAAUUUUUUGUGGUUUGUGAGCCUGGAACACUGCACAUGGAACCUCUCUUGAAAUAUAUCUACGAACUGUACACCGAUUACGUUUUGAAGAACCCUUUCUAUGAAAUGGAGAUGCCAAUUCGAUGUGAGCUCUUCGACAUCAGCUUGGGGCAGGCAGUACAGAAGGAUCGCGUUGCAUUGUUAGGAAGAUAGAUUUUCUGUGCAUCAUAUGUGGUUGACAAGUUGGGUCUUCUUUCUUUUACUAUGUUUUGGAGAUUAGAUUGUUUACUGUGUGUGAAUUAUCAACAAGUUUACUUGUACUUCCAUAGUCAUUUGAUACUGUUUUCUUUAUAUUGGAGAAUAUCAUGGCUCUUGUGAUUUAAUUUGUUUUCACAAUUAGUGUUGAUCAAAGUAAUUGUUUGAUCAUGGCUCCAUGAAGACUUGUUGCUGUGUUACUCUUCUGCUAUAAUAGUUUCCAAAUUUUACCAUCAAA